AUGCCUUCCUCCUCUCCCGCUGCCGCCAAGCUCAACGGCGAGAACCUCCUCAAUGCCCUUGAGGGCAAGGGUGGUGUCAAGUUCCACAUCAAGACUGGCGGUGCCAAAUAUACGGCUCACCUCCAGGGACGCCAGACAUAUGAGCGUGUCAAGGCCACCCGCACCGACUCUACCUCGUCUUCCUCGAGCAGCUCUACCACCGGCUCUCAGUAA